GGAAAUGAGGGAGUGGGGACAGGCGCGAGGAGCGUCCAAGAUGGUGUCCACCAGGAGAGGAGUGUGUGUCAGCUCCCCAGCUAAAACUAACCCCGACCAGUCCUCAGACGUCCCGGCCACUCCCUCCACUGUUCGAAGAUCAAGGAGAACUGCUAAACGAGCAGAGAGUCCUACCCAUGAUGCCCUUGUGGAGACUAGCCACCAGCUUGAGGAAAGUAACCGUGGAUCUCCAGCAUCUUCGCCACCCUCCUUGAUUAAAAGAUGCACCAGAGCUGCCAGACUCCACAGUCCAGAGCAGCCCUGCACACCUGUGGACUCAACCCAUGAAGGAGACGUGUCAGACGCUGGGUCCUGCGGCUCUGCACAGUCCGUCAUCGAACUACCGGUGACACAGACCAGAGGCAGGAGGGCAGCGCCCCGAGCAGUCAGUCCAGAGGAUGAGGAGAUGUCUGGGAUGGAGUCGUGCUCCUCUGUAGUGUCUUUAUCAAAUGCUGGUCAAAUUAUUCGCAGGAGCACAAGGAAAAAGAGGGCUCCUGCAUCUCGUGACCUGGUUUCUGCAUCUCCUGACCGGGCUCUGGCUCCUCUUGAGGCACUAGAAGUCGACCAGAUGCUGGAAACAGAGUCCUGCAGCGCUGUGGCCACGGAAUCCAAGAGAGUCACCAGAAGUCUGAGGAAAACUGCUCGCAGCAGAUCAGCUGCUAAACCACAAACCGAGGAUUCGGAGGUCUCAGAUGCUGACAGCUGCGCAUCAAGUGUCACAGGAGCCGCGGUUACUAGUUCCACUGCCCGCAGAUCCACGAGAUCCAGAAGAUCCGCACAUGUCAUCCCUAUAAAUCUGGACGAGGCCUCGGACUGCUCUUAUUCCCCACCUCGGAGAGGGCAACAGACCAGGGCAGCAAGAGGAAAGGCAUCAGUGACUGUGGAUGUGAGUGAUCCCCCUUCUCCCAACUCUGAUGGCUUUGAGUCAGGGCCCACUUACAGUAUGACCACUCGUAGACGGGGCAGGGCACUACCCCAAGGCCCCAAAGCCUUGGACUCUGACUCUGACCUGACGGACAGAGGAACUCCCUGCAGCAGCCGCACCGGCUCAGGGAACAGCAGUCGAGGUGUUCGGGUAACUAGAAAGUCCGUCAGAGAUCUUUCAAUUGUUCUAAACAAAGUCUGCGAGUCGAUGGUAGAGAACGUCUCAUUAAAUGACUCCACGUUAGAACGCACGCUGAUCACUGAGGACGCAGACCGCACACUGUCAGAGGAACCUAUGAGCCUAACGCUGGAAGAAAAAGAAGAUGGAAAGGAAGCUGAUCUCACAUCCAAAGAGGUGGAUACAAAUGAAGAGGAAAAGGAAGAAGAGAAAGAAGUUGUUGCGGGUACAGUUGAUCUCACAUCCAAUGAGGUGGAUACAAUUGAAGAGGAAAAGGAAGUUGUCAGUGAGCCUGCAGUAAUGGUCAAAGGCCAGCAGGAGGAGCUGUCUGCUGAGAAAAAAGACGAAAACACCUCAGAGGUGGGAAUGAUGCAGGAAAUGGUCGAGUCAUCAGAGCCGUUAAAGCCUUGCCAAUCAGUCACAGUAACGGAAUGUGAAGAGGCCUCUGGAACCAUGGCGGCGGAGGAGGAGGACCAACCCAUGGAGGCGGCUGAUGUGGGGACACAUUCAUCACAGGGCGAAGAGGCUGCGGGUGAGGAUGCAGUUGUAAAAGCUGGGCCCAGUGAUGAGGAGAAAAUGGAAGUGAACACAGAUGCUCAGCAGGUGGUCGACUCCAGCGAGGUCCAAGUGGAGUCCAUUCAGGUAACAUCCAGCCAGCAGCUAACCAUCACAGUGGAUUCUGAACCCGAACAGCAGCAGAACGACGUCAUCGUCCAGAAAACUAAAGUCAUCAGCCUGCUGGACAGCAGCGACGAUGAAGAGGAGGGGGACGUUUCUGGAGACGAUGAGGAUGAGGAGGAAUUGGGAUCCGGGAAAGCGGAAGAGGCAGCAGGACCGUCUAAGACGUCAGAAUCAGCAGCUGCAUCAGUGGGAGGAUUGUUUAUGAUCGACACGCGACCCGGACAAGAAGCUGACGAACACUACUACAACGAAAGACCAACAGAGGAAGAGGAGGCCCAAAACAGAGAGGCUGAACAGGAGGUGCAGGACGAGGAGUUUUUGGAUGAGGAGGGGGACGAUGAUGAUGACGACGAAGACGCAAAAAUCCUCUUCUCCUGUCGAAAUCCUCAGCUGAAAGAUUUCUCCACCCGCAUCGACCCAGGGAUCAAAAUGAAGGAGCUGGGGGGUUUGUACAUCAACUUUGGCGGCAGCAACUCAAAAGCUGCGUCCACUUCGUCCGGGGAAAAGAAGAUCCAAGAUGAGGUGAUGAAGAAAAGUGUGAUCGGACCAGAAUUUGAGAAGAUGGCCGCGGUGCCUCCGUACAGUGAAUCCAAACAAGCAGUAAAACUGAAGAACAGAGCAGAGAGGGCGAAAUGUACAGGAGAUUCUUGGUUCAAUAUGAAAGCCCCUGAGCUCACUCAGGAGCUGAAAGGAGACCUCCAAGUCCUGAAGAUGAGGAGCACCAUGGACCCAAAGAGGUUCUACAAGAAGAACGACAGAGACGGUUUUCCCAAGUAUUUUCAGGUUGGCACAGUGGUGGACAAUCCAGUCGACUAUUAUCAUUCCCGUAUUCCCAAGAAAGAGAGGAAGAGGACGAUGGUGGAGGAGCUUCUGGCUGAUGCUGAGUUUAGACAUCAAAACAAAAAGAAAUACCAACAAAUCCUGAUAGAGAAAGCAGCCCAAGGAGCCGGCAGGAAGAACAGAAAGAAGAGUAAAUUCCAUAAGAAGUGAAUGUAAAGACGUUGAGUGGAUUUAGCUCCUGCUCUGUAGCAGUAGGUGGAUGUAUAUGUCUAUGAUUGAAGCUUUAAUCAUAUUUUGGAUCCGGAACCUGAAUCUUCACUGAAUCCUUCUCUUUGUCGACCUUCAUCUGAACAUAGACUGAGGUUGUGUGUUGAUUGAAACAUCGAGCAAAUCAAUCGGAUUGGGUGAUAUUACAACUAUGGAUUAUUUUGUAGUGAAUCUGGUGCAGGCUUCUAUUAAAUAUGUUUAAGUAAAACAUAUUUUUAAUCACACCGACGUGUACACUUUGCUGUGCAGAAAUUGUCUUCAACACAGUGAAUAUAAUAAACUAUUAAGUUUUGAUGAA